CCGAAAGCUGGAUCACAGUGGUAGAAGAGACGACUGGAUACAGUUCAUUAAAUAAGGGAGCACUGAGUGGAGAGCAUGGCUCUUUCCAAGAAUCGAGCCACAGACGGCAAGAUCACUUACCCCCCAGGGGUGAAGGAGAUCUCCGAUAAAAUAUCAAAGGAGGAGAUGGUUCGGCGACUCAAGAUGGUGGUAAAGACCUUCAUGGACAUGGACCAGGACUCAGAAGAGGAGAAGGAGCUGUACCUAAAUCUGGCACUUCAUUUGGCCUCAGACUUCUUCCUCAAACACCCAGACAAAGACGUCAGGCUACUGGUGGCCUGUUGUCUUGCUGACAUCUUCCGGAUCUACGCCCCAGAGGCACCUUACACCUCCCCCGAUAAACUGAAGGAUAUAUUUAUGUUCAUAACCAGACAGCUGAAAGGCCUGGAGGACACAAAGAGUGCCCAGUUUAAUCGAUACUUCUACCUGUUGGAGAACAUUGCCUGGGUCAAGUCCUACAACAUCUGCUUUGAACUGGAGGACAGUAAUGAGAUCUUCACCCAGCUCUACAGAACUCUCUUCCAAGUCAUCAAUAAUGGACAUAACCAGAAGGUGCAUAUGCAUAUGGUAGACCUGAUGAGCUCUAUCGUGUGUGAGGGAGACUCAGUCUCACAGGAGCUACUGGACACAGUGUUGGUCAACCUGGUCCCAGCACACAAGAACCUGAAUAAGCAGGCGUAUGACCUGGCCAAGGCCUUACUGAAGAGAACUGCUCAGGCCAUAGAGCCCUACAUAACCAAUUUUUUUAACCAGGUGUUGAUGCUGGGGAAGACAUCGGUAAGUGACCUCUCGGAGCACGUCUUUGACCUCAUCCUGGAACUUUACAACAUCGACAGUCACCUCCUGCUGUCCGUACUGCCCCAGCUGGAGUUCAAACUCAAGAGUAACGACAAUGACGAGCGCUUGCAGGUGGUGAAACUCUUGGCCAAGAUGUUUGGAGCGAAGGAUUCAGAGCUGGCUUCUCAGAAUAAGCCACUGUGGCAGUGUUUCCUCGGCAGGUUCAAUGACAUUCAUGUACCCAUUCGACUGGAGUGUGUGAAGUUUGCUAGCCACUGUCUGAUGAACCAUCCUGAUCUAGCGAAAGACCUGACAGAGUAUCUGAAGGUGAGGUCACAUGACCCUGAGGAGGCCAUCCGACACGACGUGAUCGUGUCCAUCGUGACCGCCUCCAAAAAGGACCUGUCUCUGGUCAAUGACCACCUGCUCAACUUUGUCAGGGAGAGGACACUGGACAAACGGUGGAGGGUGCGCAAGGAAGCCAUGAUGGGCCUGGCUCAGAUCUAUAAGAAAUACUCUCUGCAAGCAGAAGCCGGGAAGGAAGCUGCCAAGCAGAUCUCCUGGAUUAAAGACAAACUCCUACACAUUUACUAUCAGAACAGCAUAGAUGACAGGCUGCUGGUGGAGCGGAUCUUCGCCCAGUACAUGGUUCCUCACAACCUGGAGACCACUGAGAGAAUGAAAUGUCUCUACUACCUGUACGCCACACUGGACCUCAACGCAGUGAAAGCCCUGAAUGAAAUGUGGAAAUGCCAGAACAUGCUCAGACAUCAUGUUAAAGAUCUCCUGGACCUUGUCAGACAGCCAAAAUCUGAAUCAUACAACAAGGCAGUGUUCUCAAAGGUCAUGGUUAUUACACGAAACCUCCCUGAUCCUGGCAAAGCCCAGGACUUUGUGAAGAAACUGGCGCAGGUCCUGGAGGAGGACGAGAAGAUCCGUAAGCAGCUGGAGACCCUAGUCAGCCCCAGCUGCUCCUGUAAACAGGCUGAGAGCUGCGUGAGAGACAUCACAAAAAAGCUGAGUAGCCCCAAACAGCCAAGUAACCCCUUUCUGGAAAUGGUGAAGUUCCUGCUGGAGCGGAUUGCCCCCGUUCACAUCGACACAGAAUCCAUCAGUGCCCUGAUCAAACAGGUCAACAAGUCCAUAGAAGGCACGGCUGAUGAUGAGGAUGAAGGUGUGCCAACAGAGCAGGCUAUCAGAGCCGGCCUGGAACUGCUCAAGGUUCUGUCGUUCACUCACCCCGUGUCCUUCCACUCGGCCGAGACCUUUGAGUCUCUUUUGGGCUGUCUGAAGAUGGAUGACGAGAAGGUGGCAGAAGCUGCUCUGCAGAUUUUCAAAAACACUGGUGGAAAACUGGAGGAGAGUUUCCCACACAUCAAAUCAGUUCUGUUGCCAGUACUGCAGCACAAGGCAAAGAAGGGUCCUCCUCGCCAGGCCAAGUAUGCCAUCCACUGCAUCCAUGCCAUGUUCUCCAACAGAGACACGCACUUUGCCCAGAUCUUUGAGCCCCUGCAUAAGAGCCUGGACACAGAAAACCUGGAUCAGCUCAUCACUCCCCUCACUACCAUCGGUCAUCUGGCCAUGCUGGCCCCAGAUCAGUUCGCUGGGCCACUGAAGUCACUGGUGGCCAACUUCAUCGUCAAGGACUUGAUCAUGAAUGACAGGAUUCCUGGCAAGAAAACCACCAAGCUAUGGGUUCCAGAUGACGAAGUUUCUCCAGAAACGCUGGCUAAGAUCCAAAGCAUUAAGCUGAUGGUGAGAUGGCUGCUGGGAGUGAAGAAUAACCAGAGUAAAUCAGGCACCUCCACGCUGAAAAUGCUCACUGCCAUCCUCAACAGUGACGGAGACCUGACGGAGCAGGGCAAGAUGGGGAAACCGGACAUGUCUCGGCUGCGUCUAGCGGCAGGAUGUGCCAUUCUGAGGUUGGCACAGGAGCCUUGUUACCAUGAGAUCAUUACACUGGAGCAGUACCAGCUCUGUGCCCUCGUCAUAAACGAUGAGUGUUACCAGGUGCGGCAGGCCUUUGCUCAGAAGCUGCAUAAGGGGCUUUGUCGUUUGCGGCUGCCACUGGAGUACCUGGCCAUCUUCGCCCUAUGCGCCAAAGACCCGGUCAAAGAGCGCCGUGCACACGCCCGUCAGUGCCUGGUCAAAAACAUCAACCUGCGCAGGGAGUACCUGAAACAGCAUGCCGCUGUCAGUGAAAAACUGAUCUCUCUCCUGCCGGAGUAUGUGGUUCCGUACACGAUCCACCUGUUGGCCCACGAUCCCGACUACGUCAAAGUCCAGGACAUAGAACAGCUCAAAGACAUCAAAGAAGCACUAUGGUUCAUUCUGGAAAUCCUCAUGGCAAAAAAUGAGAACAACAGUCAUGCGUUCAUCAGGAAAAUGGUGGAGAACAUUAAACAGACUAAAGAUAACCAGUGUCCGGAUGAUCCCAAGAUGAACGAGAAACUGUACACUGUGUGUGAUGUGGCUAUGAACAUCAUCAUCUCCAAGAGCACCACGUACAGCCUGGAGUCGCCAAAAGACCCCGUUCUACCUUCACGCUUUUUCACCAGUCCUGACAAGAAUUUCAGUAACACAAAGAAUUAUCUCCCGCCUGAGAUGAAGUCAUUCUUUACCCCAGGAAAGCCGAGAGCAGCCAACGUGCUGGGUGCGGUGAAUAAGCCCUUGUCGGCCACGGGGAAACUGCAGACCAAACUCUCCCGCAUGGAGACCCUAAGCAACGCCAGCAGCAACUCCAACCCCAGCUCCCCUGGCCGCAGCAAAACCAGGCUAGACUCAGCUGAGGUGGACCACAGGGAAAAUGAAGACAUCUCCAUGAAAAGCUCGUCAGAUGGAGACAAACCAGGCAGGGGGCGCAAGCGAGCAGCAGCCUCCAGCCAGGAUGACAAAGCCCAAGAGUCCAAGCCCAAACGGGGGCGCAAGAAAGCAGCCAACAGCAGCGUGGAGGAGUCAGAGGAGACGUGGGCUGAGGACAGCAGCCAGGCCGAGACCACCAUGGAGACGGAGGACGAACAGAACAGCCCUCCCAAGAAGGGACGUCGAGGACGCCCCCCCAAAUCGGCCGCGGCCAAAGAGGAGACCCCCAGCAAAGGCCGACGGGGUCGCAGGAAGGCAGCGCCUGCCCCUGAAGAGGACGCAGAGGAAGAGCAGGAGGAAGAGGAGGAGGAGGAUGAUGGAGGAAGCGAGAACAUGGAAGUGAAGGCCAAAGCUGGUAGGCCAGGCAGAGGCCGUAAGCCAAGAGCAGAAGCAUCGGAGACCAACGAUGAGUCGGCUGAGUCCACCCCACAGAAGAGAAGAGGACGGCCGCCAAAGGCACAGCAGCAGGCAAAGAAGACUGGAGCGGGACGACCCAGAGUGGCAGCCCCCCAAGAGGAGGAGUCUGAGGACGAGAUGGAAACGUCCCAGGCAGAUGAAGAUGAGGAGGGAGAGGAAGAGCAGGAAGAGAGCCAGCAGAGUUCACCCAAAGCCCGACGGAAGUCCGGCCGGAGAGAGAGAAGAUGAGUGGGGUGCGAGGCCCGACAGCGGAAGAGAUUGAAGCCAGUCCUCAGAGAAACUUUUGCAGAGCUGAGAGGAAAGAGUUGGAGGAGUCCGGACUUUUUUUUUCUGGAGCCAUUGCAUCCGCUUCAGCUGUAUUUUGCCGUCAUUUCUGUCGUACGCUUCUGCUACACCAUCCACCAUGAACGUGUGGUUUGUUUCACAUUGUUAUGUACGCUGACCAUGUGGAAGAUAGUAACCCAUGAAAAAGUAAUGUAAAUAGACUUUUUUCAGUUUUGUUUUGUUUUUGUUUUUUUGUCAUCCCCCCCCCCCCAAAAAAAGGUUAGGGAGGCAAACUGUAUAGCUUUUAUCUUCCAGCUUUAAGAUAUUGCACCAGCUAAUCUGUCCAAGUUUAAAAAAAAAAACCCUCUUAAGACAACUUUUAGCAGUACUGUUUCUGUCCAGUGUUUUUCCUGUAUCAUUCAGUAAUGUGCAACAUGAAAAAAGAAUAACUGUUUUUGUAGUUCUUCUUUUUUUUUUAUUUGUUUGUCUUUUUAUCCUUUCCUUUUUAACCCUCUCAUAUGUGUCAUUCUUGUGUGCAUAUUAUCGUGCAUGUGCAGAUGUGCCUCUGUCAGAGAAAAGGAAACAAACACUGGUCUGAGGAGAAAAAAAUCACCUAUUUGUUACACUUUACAGUUCAGUGUUGAUUUUAUCAGUGUUUGGAAAGGAGAGAGAGUAUGGUACAUGGAAAAAGCAUUU